AUGGACGUCGAAAAGGUUCCUGAAUCGGCAGAGGCACCACUACCGAAGCUGAGUGCGCAUGACUUCAGACAAUACAACCGCCUAGCAGAGCACAUGGAUUUUUUCCACAACAACUUUCGCCGGACAUGGAACACUAUGUACACUGCCUGCACAAGUAACAAAAGGCCCGCAGGAUUGUCGAUACGCCAGUUUCUCGCACUCGGUCUCGACUUUUGCCAUCACCUUGAAGUGCAUCACGGUAUCGAGGAACAACACAUUUUUCCUGUUCUAGCCAAAAAGAUGCCGGCUUUCCGCAAGGAGCUCGAGCUCCUGACCCAGCACAAGCAAAUACACAAGGGCCUGGAUAAAUUGGAAACAUACCUUGAGCAGUGUAAGAGCGGGGACCGGGAAUUGAGGAUGGAAGAGUUGAAAGAGAUCAUGGACGGAUUCGGUCAGGUACUAUGGCAACAUCUGGAUGAUGAGGUUAACCAAUUACGAGCGGAUAACAUGAGGAAAUAUUGGACGGUGGACGAGGUAAGAAGGAUCCCCAUGUAA